GACACGAGAUGAGCAACGCUGCUGACGGCGAGCCACAAAUUGUGGCCAUUAGCAUAAGCAGCCCCAAGCAGCCUGUGGGUUAUCUGCAGAUGAGUAGCUGCCAGGUUAACUGUCCCAGCUGUGAGCAGAGUGAGUGGAGCAUAGUGGAGCUGCAGGCGGUAAGCUGCCUACAGCGUUUUCUUAAUGCAACAAAACUUUGCAAGCGCUGGCCAGGACGCUGCGAUAUCAAUCAUUAUUGUGGACGCUGUGGCUGCUACAUAGGACGUUAUAUACCCUUGGGCUGCUACGAACGCUGCUUGUCCCGUACAGCGCGUAAACAAGCGGCCUUUGAUGACAUGCGUCUCAAAGUGAAGCCAAUGGAUUGCGCAGUGCGUGCCCAACAAUCCAGAGAGCGCGUGUUGGCGUGGCGAGCUGAGCGCAAGCAAAAGCAAUUGGCAGCACAAACGGCAACGACAACGCAGACGCCAACGCAAAUUCAAACAGUGCUUUCUUGAUUGUGCAAGAGAGACAGCAUUAAGGCUUGGGUUGUUGUCUUGGCUAAAUGAAAAGCAUUUUGCAUUUGUAUUAAAUAUAUAUCCGUUUAUUUCUUUGAC